GAGCCGUUGCCUGCCACCGGCCGUCCUUCCGCCAGCCCGGGAGGAGCGCUCCGCCGGUUACUGACAAAGGAUGGGAGGAUGCCUGAGCCGCGAGAUGCGCGUUGUGCGCAGCCCGGCGGCCGCCUGAGCAGCUUCGCCCUUCGCCGGUGAGUGACCACGGAGCGCCGCUGCGAGCCCUUAGCUCUUCAGUUCGCGGUCCCAGAGCCUGGGUCUUCCACCCGAGCGAGGCUCGGCGUGCCGUCAGCCCAGAUGCCCUUUUGCCGAUCUUCUUCCUGAGAGAAACUCCAGAUUUUUUCUCUUAACUUUUAAGUAAAACCAGGCCAUGAAAACAUCAACUCAAGUUUAUGAGGUCAAGCAGUUACCCUCAAGAAGAAAGCCAUCAUGCUUUCAAAAUGAAUGCUUCACCUUCACUGAGAAAAUAUAAUUAAGAAGAGUUCUGAGAGAAUAUCCUCAUUUGUCCUGCUGUGAUUAAACAAGGCUACUGUAUUUUAACUGAGCUUGGCAAAGCCAGGAUAUGAACUGUGCAGGUGGGCUCCUCAGGACGAGUGAAGAGAUAAGGGGUCCAGUCAGGGACUGGCCACCUGCAGCCCUGCCAAUAUGCCCCUCCACCAGAUUUCCGUAAUCCCCGCCCGGGAGAUGGCCAGCAAUGGGAGAAGUUCAAUGGGCAGAAACAAAGAGAAGAGCAAGGAAGUCGAGGAUUUCAGAAAUUGAAAAGGGAUAAGAGGAAGGAGAAAAUGCUGGGCUGGUGUGAAGCAAUAGCCUGUAAUCCUCGCAGGAUUCCUAACGCCACUCGGACCCCAGAGGGCUCAGAGGAGUGGGCUGAUACCUCGCAAGCCUCCACACUGAAUGACAAAUCCCCAAGGCGAUCUGCAAGUCGAUCAAGUAAUAUCUCAAAAGCCAGCAGUCCAACAACUGGGACAGCUCCCCGGAGCCAGUCAAGGUUGUCUGUCUGUCCAUCCACUCAGGACAUCUGCAGAUCUGCCAUCUCACAUGGCAUGUCAGGAGCCUCCCUUGAGCCCUGCGCCCCUGUCACAGCGCUGAGCCCUGCUAGGCAGGAGCCCGGUAAGAACCCAGUAACACAGAAGCCUAGGAGGCGGAGGCGGGCCGCUCAGAAGGACGAGCAUGCCCGGGAGAAGGGGAGAGGGAGAAGAAGCGACUUGCACCUCCACGUCCCCAGCCCCCGAUGCAGUGAGACCGACACAGACUCCUCGGACUCAUCUUCCACCCGUGAGAGUCACUGGAUUCAGGCAAAGAGAAGAGCCCAAGUGAAGUUCCGCCUGUCGCGGAGAAGAAGGAGAAAUAAACCAAGCGGAAACCUGGGUGAGUCUUCUGCUCCUAGGGAAAGCAAUCCAGUACACUUGGGAUCCGAAGAUAAAAAGCACGCGGAGCUGACCAGCUGUGAAAGCUGCUCUUUAAACCUGCUCGGAGCAGAAGGCACAACCUAUGAAGGAUGUGGUGUCUCCCUGUCGAGGUCCUCUGAGAGUAAAAGACCCUCAAGGAAGCAGCAGGAGAGCGGAGGCGGGGACCCCCGCGGGGAUCCUCAGCUCUUACAUCGCUGUGGGCAAAAUGAAAGAACAAUCAAGAGAAGAUUUUCAGGGACAGAUUCCAGCACUGAAAUGCUGGCGGUCAAAGGUGGCAAGUCUGCUGGUGAUGCGGGGUUCCAGGAGCCUCCUGCCACGGCCCGUGACGGGUCUGAUCAUUUACAUGCAUGCAGGAUCUGUCACUGCGAAGGGGACGAGGAGAGCCCACUCAUCACGCCCUGCCGCUGCACAGGCACCCUACGCUUCGUGCACCAGGCCUGCCUGCACCAGUGGAUCAAGAGCUCGGACACACGCUGCUGUGAGCUGUGCAAAUAUGACUUCAUCAUGGAGACCAAGCUCAAGCCCCUGCGGAAGUGGGAGAAACUGCAGAUGACCACCAGCGAAAGGAGGAAAAUCUUCUGCUCGGUCACCUUCCACGUCAUUGCCAUCACCUGCGUGGUCUGGUCCUUGUACGUGUUGAUAGAUCGGACGGCAGAGGAGAUCAAGCAGGGCAAUGAUAAUGGUGUCCUCGAAUGGCCAUUUUGGACAAAGCUGGUUGUGGUGGCCAUCGGCUUCACUGGAGGUCUGGUCUUCAUGUACGUCCAGUGCAAGGUCUACGUGCAGCUAUGGCGCAGGCUGAAGGCCUACAACCGCGUGAUCUUUGUGCAGAACUGCCCGGAUGCAGCCAAGAAGGCGGAGAAGAGCCGCUCUUGCGCCGUGAGCAUGGACACCAAGGACGCUGGGGCGGUGCCCGCCUUGCAGACGGGGACCACUGCGCGGCCACCCGCGGAGGCCGGGCCCACCGAGCUCAUACCCGUGUGACGGGGCCAGCGGGGGCCUGUCACCCAGAGCAGAGUCCAGCCUGUCACUACGGACGACAGAAGCGAUCCUGAAUAGUCGCCCUCUAUCUUCUCUCCGCUUUCUGACUCAUUUGUUCUUACUUUGCUCAAAAGGAAAGAAGAAAACACCAAAUGACCAGGAUCCCAUGAAACAGUCUCAAGUGUAAGGAGGAAAUGUGGAAGUUAGCUGGAAAAGGAUCUCUGAGACAAUUCACCACUGGAGCAAGGGAUGCUUUUAGGCAAGGAGGAAAGCCUGAGUGGACAGACCUGUGAGUCCUCACAGUACCAGGGAAAGUUCCAGAGUAAGGACUUGAGUUAAACAUGUGUUUCUUCUAGGGCCUCAUGAUGCUAACUCUCUCAUCUGGAAAUGACAAAGGUAUUUGGGUUUAAGCUUGAAAUUGUCUGCAUUAUCCCUAAGGCACAUUAGACGCAUAUUUUGAUAUUCAUACUUCGACAGCUAACAGGUUUUUAUGGCUAUAGUGGAGUCCAGUUUGUUUUGACUGGUGCAUGUUUUUAAAAUAAAUGCAAGACACAUUUGAAGAUAUUAAUACUUGGAAUUAUGUUUAAGUCAUGAAGAGUAGAUUUUGAAAGAUUUUGGGAUUUAAUUAGCUCUGUUAAAUACCCAGAAGCCUUGUAUACUCCACUUGGACCCUCUGAAACAGCACUGUCCAACAGAAAUGUAACGUGAGCCACAACGGCUGGCUUACAUACACAAAUUUAAAAUUUUCUAGUAGCACCAUUAGAAAAAGUAAAAAUAAACAGGUGAAUUUCGACAAUGUUUUAUUUAGCAUUAUAUACCCAUUAUCAUUUCAAUGUCAUCAUGAUAAAAAAUUAUUGAGUUAUUUUACAUCUCCUUUUAUGAACCAAGUCUUCAAAAUCCAGUAUGCAUUUCAUCCUUACAGGGAAUCUCAAUUCAAAUCCACUGUAUUGGAUACAGCAGCCCUAAAAUUAGACACAAAACCUGUUUUAACAGCUGAAUCUUUCAAAACAGCACUUCAUUCUUUUUUUCAAAGUAUCACAAAUGUUAUUUUACAAAGCACUAAUCAAAUGAAGUAUCUUAAUAAGAGUUAGACAAAGUUACUAUUUUUUAAAGGGUAAAAAAACAAAACUAUAAAGCAAUCUGCCUGUGACAAAGUUUCAAAAUUAACUUAUUUGCUACUAUGAAGCACUUAUAAUAGGGGAAAUAAAAAAUAAAUUUUUUAAGUCAAAUGUACUUUUUUAAAUCCACUUAAGGUGUCAACUUGACAGAUGAGUAGUGAGUAGUUAUGACCAAGCAUUUAGACUGUAUAUUAAAGAGCUGACAAUUAUUUCCCUUGCUCAACUGGGAAGUAAAAACAUUCAAGGUUCUGUGAUAAGUAAUAAAUUGAGUUGUUUAGGUUUGACAGAUGAGUUGAUUAUUGUAUUCUUUGCAUAUUCAUGUGAACCUGAAGCAUGAAUAAUACUGCAGUGAGCUAGACUAAUGAUUAUAAAUAUAGUGGCCUGUCAAAGAGAGAUGUCUUACAUAAAACAAGGUGAUUUAUUUUUGCUAGCUAUUGUUAUUUAUUAUUGUGAAAAGGCAACCAUGAUGGCCAUAGAACCAAAGCAUGGGUUUCGCACUGCACAGAUCUGGGUAUCACAUCACUGAUGUACUUUGUAACGGUCAAUGUGCUUGUUCCUCACAGGUUACCACAGAAAAAGAAAGAGAUAACCUUUCACUGAGAAGGAUGCUAUGAUACUAGUAGUGGCUGACACUGAGUCCAAAUAGUCCCAGUUCUUAGAAAUAGAGCAAAGGUCAACAGCGUCAACUUUGUGUGCAUGUGGGGUGUGUGUGUUCCUGUAUAUACAUGAGAAAAACGUUAACGUGUUCAGUCAGGCAGCAAACAAGAGGUUUUUUAAAGCUCAUCUUUCUUAAAACUUGUUGAAUGAAGGCACAGGAAAAAAAAAAAAAAAAACACUUGAGGCAACUAAACUGGACCAAAAUUUCUG